GCGGGACGCCGAGCGCCGAGGCCAUGGCGGCAGCGGAGCAGGCAGAAGACCAAGAUCAGGAUGCCAUAAGUGAAAAGAAGGUUAUUAAUCGGACGUUUCUUUCUCUUUCCCAAAUCACUGCUUUGUCAGAACAAACUAUAGAAGGAGUUCAAACAAAAAUGGAAGAAUUUCUGAAUUUUGAACGAAUAACAGUAUCAUUUAAAGAAGCUAUUUUGCUAGAUUAUUACACUUCAGGAUUUUUGUGGGCUAAAGAAAUGAACUUCAGUCUUAUACAGCUCUCAGGAUUCAUGGAUCUAUUAAAUUUCCUGUUGGAGAACCUCAGUGACAAACAUAUGACCUUAGGAGAUAAUUUAAAAGAACUUGGUAAAGCAAUGGCUGGAAUAAGAGAAACUGAUUCAGAAGGUGACUUGAAUUUCUUCAGCAUCGAGGAGGCCAAAGCAGUCAUUGAUUACUUGAAUAUUAGCUUAUUUAAACACUAUAAACAAUAUGAAUACCUCUUCCAGAAUCAUACAGAAGAACUUUUGAUAAGUAAUGAGGGGUCUGAUCAAGAGCCCGAGUCCUUUGAAACAGAUUCUGUGGAUGGUGUCAUUGAUGAAGAUCUGAAGUCUGCAGUGGCUGAAAUCCUAAACGAAAUUAUUUGCAACCUUGAGGCAGAGCUAGAUGAAGAGCUGCAAAUGCAAGAAGAAGCUUAAAAUUUGAGAAGAGAAAAAUUAAAAAGUCCUAAGUAGCCAGAUAAGAAAAGUGAAGUUGAAUUUUGCAGGACUUGGACAGGAGGGGAUGGCACGCACA